CGCCUAUAAGAAUCCGUCUUUUGAAGUCGAAACGCAUUUGUGUGGUUGAAUGGCGAAGAGUUCAUGUGCCCCCAAGUGCGUGAGUGUGAAAAAAAGUGCCAAAAUUUCUAAAGGGGAGAACAUAAGACUGGUGUUGUGAAGCGUCCACAACAAAACCACCUAUGAGUGUGUAAAUAAGUUUAACUAACAACAAACAUGGAAUUACUGCACAUAACUCUGUGUGCGUUUUUAAUCCUCACACCGACCGAAGAAAGGGUCGUGAGGACGAAAAGGACAUUCCCGAGCUUCCUUCGGGAUGACGUCGAGAGAUAUCCCUCAGGACCCCAACUUUCGGACCGGAGUGCCGCUUACACAAAUCGGGAAUUGUACGGGACUCGCGCUUUGCCGCUCCGAUCAGCAGUGGAACGAAUUCCCGAUGUAAUCGCAGACUCGCGGAGGUUGCCACUAAGAGACGCCGUGGAGAAACGCCCACCGCCCGAUGAGCCAAUCGACGAUUACGAUCCGAGUUUCAAAGUUGAUGUGUUUUACUACCCUCCCCGACAAACUAUCUACUCCCCGAUCCAGUAUUUCAAGGAUUUGGCGUACGUUGCCGCCCCUUUUAGGAUAGACAACGAAUCACAGGAGUUGCUCAAGUACCCCUCCUUUGCCCGAGGGCGGAGCCUUUUCUCCUCCAGGGGUAAACACUCGGAGGUGGUUGAGACGGUUUAUGACCCCAGGGAGGACGACCGUGUUGUUUGUUAUGUCCAAGCGGCGGCGACGUAUCGUAAGGAGCCUUUGGCCUUCUCCCCUGAGGAUUUGGACCCCUUUGCGUGCACCCACGUGAUCUACGCGUUUGCGACUAUUGACCCCCACAAUUUUAACAUGAUUUCGAACGAUGACGAGUUUGAUAUCAUCCAAGGGGGUUAUAUUUCAGUCACAGGACUCAAAAGGGUCAACCCGAAAUUAAAAGUCCUGAUUUCGGUGGGGGAAGGACGAGAUGGUUCCCACAGGUUCAGUACCAUGGUUUCGAGUGCCAACAGACGAAGGGAGUUUAUCCGUUCCGCUAUCACUUUUAUCAAACAGUACAACUUCGAUGGGAUGGACAUCCAUUGGGAGUACCCCGGGGCGGAGAAAAUGGGAGGUCAAUUGAGCGACAAAGAGUACCUAAAUCUAUUCCUCGAGGAGUUAUCCGAGAUUUUUAAGCCUAGGGGUUGGAUGUUAACAAUCGCGGUACCAGCCUCAAGGUUUAGGGUUGAAGACGGGUUCAACCCCCAACGUUUGGGUUCCCUUGUCGAUUUUAUCAACCUACAAGCUUUUGAUUUUCACAGAGAACGUGAACCUGUGGCCGACCACCACUCUAAUUUGUACUCAAGGCCUGAUGAUAGUGGCCUCGAUCUAUUUCUAAGUGUGGACUAUGCUGUCAAAUUCUGGAUCAAAAAGGGGUUCCCCAAGUCCAAAAUAGUACUCGGGGUACCAUUUUUCGGACGCUCCUUUACCCUCCAAUUCACGAAUGAGACACAAGUGGGGGCCCCGAUCAAAGGGCCAGGACGGGAAGGGUUCUAUACCCAAAAUCCAGGUUUUUUGGCAUACUUCGAAAUCUGCGAUAUGUUACUAAAUGAAGGCUGGCAUAAGGGUAUGGACGAAUCAGGGGCGCCUUUUAUGGUAUAUGGGGACCAAUGGGUGGGGUAUGACGACAGUGAGAGUAUCGAAAAGAAGAUUAAUUACGUCCAGGAGAUGAAUCUAGGGGGUGUUUUUAUCUGGGCUACUGACCUUGAUGAUUUCAAGGGUGUUUGCGGGACAAAAUGGCCUUUGUUGAGUACCAUCAACCGGCAUUUGAGAGGCAACGAGUUGUUACCAAUGCAACAAAACCAGAAUCCCCCAACUAAACCCUAUGGAACCUGUCGGGCAGAAGGGGUAUACAGUGACCCCAAAAACUGUGCCGCUUAUUACGUCUGUCGCUCAGGGUUGAGCUACCACUUAUCAUGUGCUGAAAACAUGAUGUUUGACCCCAUGAAUGGGAAAUGCGAAUAUAGCCUUGGGGAGAAGUGUAGGCCUGGUCAAAUCAUCCAAGUGGCAAACUCUUUGAGACAAUACGAUGACCUUCUCGAGUACGAAGCCAAGGAUGAAGGACCAAAAGUGGUGUGCUAUAUGACCAACUGGGCUUUCUACAGAAAAGCCGAAGGGAAAUUCGUCCCGGAACACAUCGACCAAAGGCUUUGCACACACGUGGUGUACGCUUUCGCGAGCCUUGACCCCGAGAAACUCCUCUUGAAGGAGUUUGAUCCUUGGGCCGACUUGGAUAACAAUUUAUACGAAAGAGUCACUUCUUUGAAGGACACCAAAGUGAUUUUAUCCCUCGGAGGCUGGACUGACUCAGCUGGAGACAAGUACUCACGUCUUGUAGGGGAUGGUUCCGCUCGACGCCGGUUUGUUGUAGGAGUUGUCAGCUUUUUACGAAGACACAACUUCAAAGGCUUACAUUUCGAUUGGAAUUACCCUGUUUGUUGGCAAAGUAAUUGCAAAAAAGGGGCAUCUUCGGAUAAACCCAACUUCACUAAGUUAAUUCAGGAGUUGCGACGCGAGUUCGACAAACAAAACCCUCGUUUAAUUCUAGCCGCGGCCAUUUCGGGGUAUAAGGAGGUCAUAGAUGUAGCAUAUGACCUUCAAGCGCUUGGUACCGCUCUUGAUUUUAUGUCGGUCAUGACAUAUGAUUAUCAUGGGGCAUGGGAACGGCAAACGGGGCAUGUGAGUCCGCUGUAUCACCGGCCGGGGGAUAAGUACCCCCAAUACAACACUAACUUCACUAUGGAGUAUUUGGUAUCUCGUGGUGCUCCUCGGAAAAAACUCCUAGUCGGAGUACCAUUCUAUGGUCAAAGUUUUACCCUUAGUAAAAGUAAUAAUCACGACCAGGGUGUCCCUAGUGCCGGUCCUGGUGAAGCCGGUGAAUACACCAAACAGCCAGGAAUGUUGGCCUAUUACGAAAUUUGUAACCGGAUCAGGAACCAACGCUGGAUAGUCAAUAGGGAAAGUUCUGGUGCCACCGGCCCAUUCGCCUACCAUGGGGACCAAUGGGUCGGCUUCGAAGACAUCAAAUCGGUCAGAGACAAGGCUGAAUACAUCAGAACCAAAGGUUUUGGGGGCGCUGUUGCUUGGACUAUCGACUUGGACGACUUCUCCAAUCGUUGUUGUGGUGGUUCCUUCCCUUUACUUCGAAGCUUGAACCGAGGAUUGGGAUUAAUCCCCGACAAUCCCUCCCGUGAGGAUUGCACCAAACCGCCGGAACCCGUCACUCCUGCGCCUCCACAAGUCACAACUGGGGUCGAUACUGGAGCUUCUAGUACCGAACACAUGCAUCCAGAGUGGACAACCAAACCUAGUACUUGGUGGACCACUACAAGCACUAAGAGGACAACAAGUCCUUGGUGGACCACUACAAGCACUAAGAGGACAACAACAACACGACGAACCACAACUAGUACCACAACAAGGCCAACUACGACGAAUUGGCCGACUCAAGGAACCACAAUUCCGCCCCCUGCUGUCGUAAUGCCCGAAGUAGACAAACCAUCACAACCUUGCGAACCUGGGCAAUACGUACCAGACCCGCAUAAUUGUAACGCUUAUUAUAGGUGUGUCCUUGGGGAAUUGCGCAAACAGUAUUGCGCUGGUGGUCUCCAUUGGAACAAAGACCGAAAAACCUGUGAUUGGCCCAAAGCGGCCAAAUGCCAGGAGCAAAAACCUGAUAAACCUAGCACUCCCUCGUGGCAAAAACCAACAAAACCGUCCUACCGACCCCCGAGUACCACCAACCAUUGGCAAACUAAAACCACGACUAGUACCACAACCAGGCCAACUUAUAGUACCACCGUGUCACAAUUGACUGAUGAUAAGUGUGACUCAGGCCAGUACUACCCACAUGAGUCAUGUUCAAGCUUCUACGUUUGUGUUAAUGGACACUUGGUACCACAGAAUUGUGCCCCUGGACUUCACUACAACCCUGAACAACACAUGUGUGACUGGAAGUACAAAGUCAAAUGUCUUGGUCGCAAACAACUGGCCCAGAAGUACCAACUCCCCAAAAUGGGGGGACCACAACCAUACUCUGCUUGUAGCGAAAAUGCCUUUGCUGCGUACCCCGGGGAUUGUACCCGAUAUUUGCAUUGUCUUUGGGGCAAAUAUGAAGUGUUUAACUGUGCCCCUGGUUUACACUGGGAUAAUAAUAAAAACAUCUGUGAUUGGCCCGAGAAAGCCACUUGUGAUGGUACCAGCAACGUCAAUGUUGUGGAUAUUGUGACAACUGCCAAACCCGAGCAAACUACAAGUGUGACAAGUGGUACAAGUUGGAACCCGGGGAGUACCACCAGUUAUCCGGAAUGGCAACCCACGGAGUGGCACCCUCCCAUCCCCCCAACGUCCGAAAAACCACCACUUCCCGAAGAAUUGAAGCCACAAUCUGGGUACUUUAAAAUCGUUUGCUAUUUCACAAACUGGGCAUGGUACCGGAAAGGCCUAGGAAGGUACAUCCCAGAGGAUAUCGACCCAGAUCUCUGCACCCACAUUGUCUACGGUUUUGCCGUUUUAGAUUUCGAAAAUUUGAUAGUUAAAGCGCACGACUCGUGGGCCGACUUCGACAACCAAUUCUACAAACGUGUCACUGGCUACAAAGCGAAAGGAAUCAAAGUGUCCCUUGCUUUGGGUGGCUGGAACGACUCCCAAGGCGACAAGUACUCCCGCUUGGUCAACAACCCCGCCGCACGUGCCAGAUUCAUCAAACACGUGUUAGAAUUUCUGGAAAAGUGGAACUUUGACGGCCUUGAUUUGGAUUGGGAGUACCCGAAAUGCUGGCAAGUGGAUUGUAAAAAAGGCCCAGAUUCGGACAAACAAGCCUUUGCUGCGUGGGUCACCGAAUUGAAGCAAGCCUUCAAACCUAAAGGCUAUCUUCUAUCAGCUGCUGUUUCUCCAAGCAAGACUGUGAUAGAUGCAGGGUACGAUGUUCCAGUCCUGGCACAGAACCUAGAUUGGGUUGCUGUGAUGACGUACGACUUCCAUGGGCAAUGGGACAAGCAGACGGGGCAUGUAGCCCCCCUGUUCUACCAUCCAGACGAUGAAGUUGUCUUCUUUAAUGCGAACUUCUCCAUUAAUUACUGGAUUUCGGAAGGAGUACCUCGUAGGAAAAUCGUGAUGGGUAUGCCCCUCUAUGGCCAGUCCUUCCGGCUGGAAAAACCUGAAAAUCAUGGUCUUAACGCCAAGGCUCCUGGUCCUGGUCAAGCCGGGGAGUACACCCGAGCUGCUGGUUUCUUGGCCUACUACGAAAUCUGCCACAACAUCAAAAACCAAGGUUGGACAGUCGUGCAAGACCCCAAACGUCGUAUGGGCCCAUACGCGUACAAAGGGGACCAAUGGGUGUCUUUCGAUGAUAGGGAGAUGAUUAGGCUUAAAUCUGAGUUUAUAAGGAAGAUGGAUUUGGGUGGUGGGAUGAUCUGGGCGUUAGAUUUGGACGAUUUUAAGAACCGGUGUGGAGAGGGCCGACAUCCCCUUUUGACUACCAUUAGGAAUGUCCUUGCGGAGGCUGGAACCGGCCAACAAGAACCAAUCCCGCCCAUUGAUGAGGAACCACCGAAAGUUGAAGCUGUGGAAGCGGAACGAGAAGAGUCACCAAGUGUGCACUCGUCGACGGUGGUACCACCACCACAGCAUUCGACGACGCAAAGUCUAGUUGAUCCAAAAUCCGAAUUCAAAGUUGUUUGUUACUUCACGAAUUGGGCAUGGUACCGGCAAGGCGUCGGGAAGUACCUCCCGGGGGAUAUCGACCCAGAUUUGUGUACCCACAUCGUGUAUGGGUUUGCGGUACUCAACGGCGACCAGUUGAUCAUCAAGCCGCAUGAUACUUGGGCCGAUUUCGACAAUAAAUUCUAUGAAAAGGUCACAUCUUAUAAAUCGAAGGGAAUCAAGGUACUUGUUGCUAUAGGAGGAUGGAAUGACUCCGCAGGUGACAAGUACUCGCGUCUGGUUAACAACCCAUCGGCCCGGAGACGUUUCAUAGCCCACGUUGUUGAUUUCAUCGAAACAAAUAACUUUGAUGGGUUGGAUUUGGACUGGGAGUACCCCAAAUGUUGGCAAGUCGAUUGCAACAAAGGCCCGGCUUCUGAUAAAUCAGCAUUUGCUGACUUUGUCAAAGAAUUAAACGAAGCUUUCAAACCCAAAGGGUGGCUCUUAUCAGCUGCAGUUUCGCCAAGUCGGCGAGUUGUAGAUGCAGGGUAUGACGUACCAGCCUUGUCCAAGUACCUAGAUUGGAUUGCUGUCAUGUGUUACGAUUACCAUGGGCAAUGGGACAAAAUCACGGGUCACGUGGCUCCCAUGUAUGCCCAUCCUGAAGAUGCAGACGCCACUUUCAACACGAAUUUCACCAUUCACUACUGGAUUGAGAAAGGUGCAGAUCGGAAAAAAAUCGUGAUGGGUAUGCCCAUGUAUGGGCAAUCGUUCUCGCUGGCUGAUAACAACCAAAAUGGGCUCAAUGCACCCACUUAUGGUGGCGGAGAAGCCGGGGAAGAAACCCGGGCUCGUGGUUUCCUAGCCUACUACGAGAUUUGUACCAACGUUAUUAAGAAAGGAUGGAAGGUGGUACGAGACCGUCGGGGACGUAUUGGCCCCUAUGCGUACUUGCGCGACCAAUGGGUCUCCUUUGAUGAUAUAGGAAUGAUAAGACACAAAUCUGAGUUUAUCAAAGCCAUGGGUCUUGGUGGUGGUAUGAUCUGGGCGUUGGAUUUGGACGAUUUUAAGAAUCUCUGUGGGUGCGAGGAGUACCCAUUACUCAGAACCAUCAAUCGGGUGUUGCGAGGGUACGCAAAACCUGACCCUAAAUGUAUCCUAGGCCGAGACAACGACAAACCUAAACCUCAACCUACCACCAUGAAACCAACUACGACUCUAGAUUAUGAACCACAAGAACCGGUACUUCCGGCGGAAGUAGUACCAUGUCAAGGCCGACUUUUCGUAGCCGAUGACACCAACUGUGCGCAGUACUACUUGUGCAACCAAGGCCAACUCCAACUGCAAGUUUGCCCCAAUGGUCUUUUCUGGAAUAAGGACCAUUGUGACUGGCCCGAAAACACCGAAUGUCACCCAGACGCGAGCAGUACCAUGGCACCAUCAACCACCCCGAUGGUACCGGAAUCGGAAAUGACCCACAAACCGGUCACGACCACCGACACUAAUGACGACUAUAAAGUCGUUUGCUACUUUACCAACUGGGCAUGGUACCGCCAAGGCGAUGGAAAGUACCUCCCACAAGAUAUCGACCCAUCACUUUGUACUCACAUCAAUUACGGUUUUGCGGUCCUUGACUCGUCAAGUCUGACCUUGAAACCGCACGACUCAUGGGCAGAUAUUGACAACGAGUUCUAUAAAAAGGUCGUUUCGUACAAAUCUCGCGGUGUUAAGGUACUAAUAGCCUUGGGAGGUUGGAACGAUUCUGCUGGUAAUAAGUACUCGCGUCUGGUGAACAAUCCCCAAGCCCGCGCAGCCUUCAUAGCCCACGUUGUGGCCUUCAUCGAAGAGUGGGACUUCGAUGGCCUUGAUUUGGACUGGGAGUACCCCAAAUGCUGGCAAGUGGACUGCAACAAAGGCCCAGAUUCGGACAAAGAAGCCUUCGCGGCCUUCAUCCGCGAACUUAGUGCGGCCUUCAAGCCCAAAAACCUCCUGUUAUCAGCCGCGGUAUCCCCAAGCAAGGCCGUGAUAGACGCAGGGUACAAUGUUCCAGCCUUAUCACAGUAUUUGGACUGGAUUGCAGUCAUGACGUAUGACUUCCACGGCCAUUGGGACAAACAAACCGGACAUGUAGCCCCCUUGUAUUACUACCCCGGGGACGUCUACGACUAUUUCAACGCUAACUUUUCCCUAAACUACUGGAUCGAGAAAGGGGCGGAUCCAGGAAAAAUCGUGAUGGGAAUGCCCCUCUAUGGGCAAAGUUUCAGUCUCGCUGACGCGGCCGAGAGGGGCCUCAACGCGAAAUCGUACGGCCCUGGAGAAGCCGGCGAGUUUACCCGAGCCGGCGGCUUCCUAGCCUACUACGAGAUUUGUGAAAGAGUGAAAAAGAGGGGAUGGACGGUAACAAGAGAUCCCCAAGGCCGGAUUGGCCCAUACGCCUACCUGUCCAACCAAUGGGUCUCCUACGACGAUAUCGCCGAGAUCAGACGCAAGUCGCGAUUGGUCAAGGAACUCAAACUGGGCGGGGGCAUGGUCUGGGCUUUGGAUUUGGACGAUUUUAAGAACAGAUGUGGGUGUGGCAAACAUCCCCUCUUGAAGACUUUAAACAAUGAGUUGAGAGGGAUGCCCUCUGACAUCAGCGUGACUAAUUGUACUUAAGUGUGAUGCUUAUACGAAAUAUUUCUCUUCUUUGAGCCGUCAAGGACGGCGAAAAGGAUACGAUAAUAUUUUUUUUCAGUUUCCUACUUAUUUUUAAGGUUAUGUAAGAAUAAAAUACGUUUUAAGACA